AUGGAUCACAUAUCAACACUCUGUGCAUUAAGCACUCUCGGAAUAGCUCCUACCGGCCUCGCGCUCGGUCGCGCAGAACGGACACAGAGGCCUAGCCUCUUUCGGCGCAAGACUGUCGCUCAGGAUCUCCCCCAGUCGGUCCCUAACAACACCCAAAAGACGACAGAUGUUGCCCGGCCCAAGACCGCUAUCCCAUCCCGAAGUCCGGCCGCCGAGUGGCUUGCCGCAAAGGAAGAGGAAAUCUCUCAGGUAAGCCAGGGAGCGGAUCUGCCGAAAGCGCCAUUGUCAUUCAGCGGUGCGAGACGCCGCCGUCGGGGUCAAACCCUCACAAACCCGCCUUUGCGAAUUCCAGAACAUGAGUCGACGGACUCCUCGGCCGAAUCACACGUCCGGCGGCCAUCCACCGGUUGGCUGCGGCGGCUGUCGAUGGCCUCAUUCCAACCUGACAGCCCGACCGCAAGUAGUCCAGUAGCGCCCUCAUUCAAUGGAUCAGCAAGUCCCAUUUUUCCUCACUCGCCCCGCCAGCGAAGACCGCCGAACAAAUUAGUCAAGCGCCCGACCUCGCAGCAUACGAAUACGCACCCACUUGGCACGAACACCAUCUCUGGACCAUCACCGGCUGCGCUGCGCAGGCCUGCUACUAGUCACCAGAGGUCGGAGUCAAUGAUCCUCCGGACUCCAUUGACACCUGAUUUCGAUGCAUAUUUUCCAAAAGCUUCUGUCGAGGGUCCAGCGAUCGAAGAAUUCGAGCUCAAUAACCAGAAGCAUUGGACACCAUUUUUCUUUCCCAAGGUUGGCAAAUUAGCAGAGAGGCUUUCGCGCAGAUUCUCGACCACCACUGCGCCAAAGGUUCAGAGUGUACGCCAGGUUGGGUCUGACCAGCGCGCUCUUCCUGCGUUGGUUAUGGCUAAUGAGAUCUCACCCACAGCUUCUCCGCCCCGAGAAGACAGAUCAGUACCUCAUACCCCAAUUGAAUUCCGCAAUCCGUUCCAAACAGCCCUUUCUGAACCUGCUCCUGAGCAGCCAGUUGCCCCGGAACAGCGAGCAGUGAAACCGGGCCAUAAACAGUCAUACUCGGUCAACGAUGUUGAGCCGAAAAUUGUCAUGACAAAUACCGUCACCGCACACGGGACACCGAUUAUGGGACUCGUUCGCGGUGGCUCUCUGAAGCGAGUUAAGGGUAGGACCUUUGCAGUACCUCCUUCCGAACUCUCAAGUGAAGAACAGAAUGUUCUUAUUCCGAGUUCCCCGGAGCCUGAGCCACGGCGCAACAUUACUGAUCCAAGCGUGUUUCGCGCUCCGUACCCCAUUUCCCAGUCUGGUUGGGCUGAUUCGGCUUUGGAACGACGGUCUCAAGUUGGUCCCCGAUCGGUAUCGCAGGACUAUAACGUUGGCUUGGGAUCUCGGGCUGGUUCACGUCAAAUGACCUCGGACGCGGUCGCCCUGUCGGCCUGGCAGCGAGCAUCUCGUCCUGGUGGUCGAGUUCAUGGUUCUCUUCGUCGCCGCCCCAAGGGAUUUUCGAUUUCAGGUUCGGAUCCGGCUUCCACCGUCAUUGGUUCCGAUGACACGCGGGUCUUUACGUCGUGCGAUGGAUAUGAGACGGAUGUGAUUUCGGACUAUUGGGACUCUGUCCGCACACGUGAGACCAAUCGCAGUGGACUCAAGGGGCUGCGGAUUGAGACGAUGUUUGAUAAAGCAGGUGCGAAUUUGGUGAACGAGGAAGCCACGACCUUGGAGUCUCUCCUCCCGCGGGGUUCCUUCGCCGCUCGGUCUUUGAACAAGGACCCCCAAUUAUUUACUGAUCCGCUUCUGUCUUCCCCUCCUUUGGUGCAAACAUCCAAGGUUGGAAAUCCGUUCCAUGCUGAUGUGGCUGACGAUGAUGCUCUCAGCAUGAUUCGAGCGCUUCCUGGCGAUGAUCGUGAUUGUUUUUCAUCUUCUCUGACGCAUUCAUUGGCCAAAUUUGCUGAGCAGCCCGAGUCGCGUCUCGACUCACCCAAGGAUAUGGCUGGAUCGUUUGUGGGCGAGUUGGAUUGGGAUGUCAACAAAAAGACAAACAUCUUUGACUGGUCCGAACAAGCACACCCUAACCGCGAAUCAUCGGACUGUGAGACGCGCCCUCGGACCAUGCAUGGGAAACAAGAGGGUGUUGUUGAUAGGAACAGUCGGGCUGUUUGCCGGAAAGCACCAUCCACCGUCCAUCUUAGGAGCCAAAGCGUGCCAGUUGCCAGUGAACAUCCCAUCAACGAAUCGCGUCAAACUUCUGGCAAGUUCGGUACGUGGGGCUUGGGCAGUAAGGGUGUCAGUGAAGAUUGGGAUAGCGAUUUUGACUUUGACGAGUCGGAUGAAACAGCUGUCGCCGAAAAUCAACCACUUAUUGAGCCUGAUCUUAACCGCCAGAGCAUGACUGUUCCCAAAGCCAUUCUGGAGCGCCAAGCGAGUCUUCGUGGUCAAUUUGGACAGGUUCAGGAAUUAACGCUGCUUGUGGAGGAAUUGAAACGUCUUCGGCAUCAAGCAAAUGUCCUAGGUGUUGUCAACGGAUCUUCCAGUGAACUGUGGGCAGAAGCAGAGCAGAUUGUGAACCUUGCUACCAUUGACGAUGAAGAGGAGCGUCGCUCGCCGCCAGGAUCUCCAUCGUCUCUCACUUUCAGUUUUGAUGAAUCCGACGAUGACUGUCUUAAUGCAUCAAAGCGCAACAGUGAAGUUUCAUGGGAGGUGCCGCGCGAAAAAGUUGAACCCACGUUGCCCCUCGCUCAGCUUGCAAAGGACUCCCCAAAGUCCAAAUCUGUACUUGAUAUUCUCCAACCUCGUGAUCAACAAAAGCCUUCGGCUCUGAAUGAGUUGGAAUUAGCGUCACGUGCAAAGAAACUUCCAUUUGAUACUUCCUCGUUGAAGAAUUUGGUUUCUCGUGCAGGUGUGGUGACGCGUGCGUUGAAGGAAGUUAUUCGCAAAGCAGACGGGGUAGCAACCAGCCCUCAGGACUUCCCUCAAGACCCGCCAUUCCGACGUAUUUUCGACAAACCAUCUCACGAUGAUAUUGCCAGUUUUGAAGCAGCACUGGCUGACAUGUCCUAA